AUGUCUACGCCGGAUUGGAAAAAAUCCCUUGGCUUCACAGAUCGAUUGACAGCCAUUCAAUCGCUCACCACUGCCUACCAACGCGCUUCGUCCUCGGCGGCGUUCGCGGAGGCCCAAUCUCAAGCCAAGAGAUUCGAAAGUGAAGCCUAUGAUCAAGCGGCAUCCAAGGCCGAAUAUGACAGACUAUGUCAGGAGGCUAUUGACCAAGCAGAGGCCACUGGAUCGGUGGCUCCCAUCAUCAGCAGCCCAGAUCAGCCCCACGCCGACUCCGGCAACCACCAGUGGGAAGGGGGAGAGACCAUCGGCCCAUAUCAGUCAUGCCUCCCUCAUUUUGAUGGCAUACACUCCAUGAUUUAUAAGUCCAAGCGCUUAGAUGGGACCCUGGUGGCCGUUAAGGUCACCAUCCCUCACUUAUUAGUCCCACCGCACGACGCUCAACGUGAGGUCCAGCUACUUCAUCACGCGGCUGGUCCUCGCGUAAUACAACUGCUGGAAACGCUCAGGCUAGACGAAGGGCGACUGAUUCUCGUCUUCCCUUUUAUGAAACAUGACUUUGAGCAACUGCUUCGGCGAGACGCAUUAACAGCGGCGCAAACCAAGUCUCAUUUGCGGGACAUGUUCCGUGCAAUAGCUUAUAUCCAUGACCUAGGGAUCAUACAUCGAGAUAUCAAGCCAUCGAACAUUUUGCUUGAUUCCCCUGAUGGCCCCGCCUAUUUGGCAGACUUCGGGAUCGCAUGGAAAGAAGGAUGCAAGGGAGCUGAGCCUACCGAUCAAAAGAUCACAGAUGUUGGAACCACGUGUUACCGUCCACCUGAGAUUCUGUUUGGUUUCAAGGGAUAUGGACCUGCUCUCGAUCUUUGGGCGGCCGGUUGUGUCGUUGCCGAAGCAGUGGCUGUUGGACACAAGCAGUUGUUCGACUCAGGUCCUGUGGGAAGCGACUUAUCACUCAUUCAGUCUAUCUUUCAGACCUUAGGAACCCCAGAUGAAGGCAUCUGGCCUGAGACCCAGCAGCUGCCAGACUGGGGAAAAGUGGAGUUCUACAAAUACCCUGCCAAAGCAUGGGAUGAUACCCUUAAAGGAGCUUCUACCAAGGCCCGUGACCUGGUAAGCCAACUGGUGCGUUACGAGAGCAGUCAACGCCUGUCCGCUGAAGAGGCAUUGAAACAUUCUUACCUCGCGACCUUUUGA